CGCCACUCUCUGCCCGGGAAGGCGGCUGAGACGAUGCCUCUGGACAGGUGACCACCGCCGGAUCCCCAAGCACAUUUCCGCUGCUCCAUCUCACAAAACAUGGCGAGGAGGAGGUGGUGAGGGCUGCGGCGGCGGCGGCGGCGGGAGCUCAAGAUAGAAGCGCUUUUCUGGGAGGGAGAGAGAAGCCCACGGCGCUCUCUUGUCUCGCUAAGAGGAUAAAGUAAAAGGGAAAAUCAAGCUAUUUAUAAGCGGGACUCUUUGGACUAUCCACCGGCGACACAAUGAGCGGCGGGCCGGAUGAGAGCUCGGUGCGCGUAGCCCUGAGGAUCCGUCCUCAGCUGGCCAAAGAGAAGAUCGAGGGCUGCCACAUCUGUACGUAUGUGAUGCCCGGGGAGCCGCAGUUGGUCCUGGGUAAGGACAAGGCCUUCACCUAUGACCACGUCUUCGACAUGGACACCCAGCAGGAAAGCAUCUACACUCACUGCACCGAGAGCCUCAUCGAAGGCUGCUUUGAGGGCUACAAUGCCACUAUCUUUGCAUACGGACAGACGGGUUCGGGGAAGACCUACACCAUGGGAACCGGCUUCGACGUCAACAUCGAAGAAGACGAGCUGGGUAUCAUUCCCCGGGCCAUCAACCACCUGUUCAGAGGGGUCGAGGAGCGCAGACAGGCUGCCACCGAGCAGGGCAAGCCUGUUCCUGAGUUCAAGAUCAACGCACAGUUCCUGGAGUUAUACAACGAGGAGGUGCUGGACUUGUUUGACUCGACGCGAGACAUUGAGGCAAGGAAGCAACGAUCCAACGUCAAAAUCCACGAGGACGCCAACGGAGGCAUCUACACCGUGGGGGUCACCACCCGCACCGUCACCUCUGCGGCUGAGAUGAUUCAGUGUCUGAAGCUGGGCGCCCUGUCUCGUACCACCGCCAGCACUCAGAUGAACGCCCAGAGUUCGCGCUCCCACGCCAUCUUCACCAUCCACCUGUGCCAAGUGCGAGUCUGCUCUCUCGAUAACGACGAUAAUGUAACCGACAACCGUCUAGCUAACAGCUCAGAGAUUAACGAGUUUGAGACGCUGACAGCCAAGUUCCACUUCGUGGACCUGGCUGGUUCUGAGAGACUGAAGAGAACUGGAGCUACAGGAGACAGGGCUAAAGAGGGCAUCUCCAUCAACUGUGGCCUGCUUGCUUUGGGAAACGUCAUCAGCGCUCUGGGAGACAGGAGUAAGCGCUCCUCUCACGUGCCUUACAGAGAUUCCAAACUGACCCGGCUGUUACAGGACUCGCUGGGCGGCAACAGUCAAACAGUGAUGAUCGCCUGUGUCAGCCCGUCGGACCGGGACUUCAUGGAGACCUUGAAUACUCUGAAGUACGCAAACAGAGCCCGAAACAUUAAGAACAAGGUGAUGGUGAACCAGGACAAAGCCAGCCAGCAGAUCAGCACCCUGAGGACGGAGAUAGCACGACUGCAGAUGGAGCUGAUGGAGUACAAGACAGGGAAGCGUAUGGUUGGUGAAGAUGGCAUGGAGGGCAUCAACGACUUGGUCCAUGAGAACUCCAUGCUGCAAACAGAGAACAACAACCUGAGGGUGCGAGUGAAGGCCAUGCAGGAGACCAUCGAUGCCCAGAUAGCCAGACUCACACAGAUCCUCACUGACCAGGCCAACCAGGUCCUGGCUAAAGCAGGUGAAGGCAGUGAAGAGAUCGGGAACAUGAUUCAGAAUUACAUCAAAGAAAUCGAGGAGCUCAGAGCUAAACUUCUUGAAAGCGAGGCCGUGAACGAGAGCCUCAGGAAGAGUUUGUCUCGGGCCUCAGCACGCCCCUCGCUUUACGGCGGCCCCGGUGGCUCCUUCUCCCCUGCCCUCCUCGCCCCUGAGAAGGAGGCCAGCGACGUCAUCGAGAUGGCCAAGAAAAGCCUGGAGAAACUGAAGAAGAAGGAGAGGAAGAAGAAGAAGAGUGUUAUCAAAGAGGAAGUGCCGGACAACGACCACGAGCGAGGCAACGAGGAGGCAGAGGAGGGCAGCGACCACGAAGAGGGCGAGGACGCAGAUGGAGAGGAGGAGGACUUUGACAUGGCGGGAGACGAGACGUCCGACGAUUCUGACUCUGACGAACUGGAGGAGAAAGAAAACGUCCAGGCCGACCUGGCCAACAUCACCUGCGAGAUCGCCAUCAAGCAGAAGCUGAUAGACGAGCUGGAGAACAGCCAGCGGCGUCUGCACACUCUAAAACAGCAGUACGAGCAGAAGCUGGCCAUGCUGCACAACAAGAUCAGAGACACCCAGCAGGAGAGGGACAAGGUGCUGCAUAAUAUGGGUUCAAUGGAGACGGGCACGGAGGAGAAGGCCAAGAAGAUCAAAGUUGAGUACGAGAGGAAGCUGAGCUCCAUGAACAAAGAGCUGCAGAAGCUCCAGUCGGCUCAGAAGGAGCACGCCCGCCUGCUGAAGAACCAGUCGCAGUACGAGAAGCAGCUCAAGAAACUCCAGCUGGAUGUGACCGAGAUGAAGAAGACCAAGGUGGCGCUGAUGCGUCAGAUGAAGGAGCAGCAGGAGAGGAACCGAGUCACCGAGUGCAGGAGGAACAGGGAGAUCGCCUCUCUGAAGAAAGACCAGCGCAGAUCUGAGCACCAACUGAAGCAGAUGGAGGCCCAGAAAAGACAGCAGGAGUUGAUUCUUCGCAGGAAGAAUGAAGAGGUGACAGCUCUUAGGCGGCAGGUGAGGCCCGUGUCUGGGAAGGUGAGCAGGAAAAUCAGCUUACCUGAACCCCUCCAGGAGCAGUCGCACAGAGCCACCCCAGGGCGGAUGAUUACAUCAGGAGCGUCUGCGGUCAAUGGAGCCAGGAGUUCCCCGGUGCGGAUGGGAAGUACCUACCUCAGCAGGACGGCCAGGGCCAAAUGGCAGUCACUGGAGAGACGUGUCACUGACAUCAUCAUGCAGAGGAUGACCAUCUCUAACAUGGAGACAGAUAUGAACAGACUGCUGAAGCAACGGGAGGAGCUGACCAGGCGGAGGGAGCGUGUGUCCAGAAAAAGAGAAAAGAUGGCGGUGGAGGGUGCAGACGCCGACCGCUCCCUGGCCUCCCUGAACGAGGAGCUGGAGUCUCUGAGCGCCAACAUCGACUAUAUCAACGACAGCAUCGCCGACUGCCAGGCCAACAUCAUGCAGAUGGAGGAGGCCAAGGAGGAAGGAGACACAGUGGAUGUUACUGCUGUGAUCAGCUCCUGUAAUUUAUCAGAAGCCCGCUUCCUUCUGGAUCAUUUCAUGACUAUGGCCAUCAGUAAGGGUCUGCAGGCGGCUCAGAAGGAUUCCCAGCUGAAGGUGAUGGAGGGCCGGUUGAAGCAGACGGAGAUCAACAGCGCCACCCAGAACCAGCUACUGUUCCACAUGCUGAAGGAGAAAGCAGAAAUCAACCCGGAGCUGGAUGCUCUGCUGGGCAGCGCUCUGCAAGAGAAUGGAGAUGACAGCAGUAGUGACGAGUCCACCCCCAGUCCAGCCGCAGAGGGCAGCACACUGGCAUCAGAUCUAAUGAAGUUAUGUGGGGAAUCCAGGCCCAGAAGCAAGGCUCGCAGACGAACCACCACCCAGAUGGAGCUGCUGUAUGCUGGCAGUGGGGAUCCGUCUUGUGAAUCUCCCACCGGAGACUUCUCUGUCCCUCUGCUGCCCCUCUCAGAGCGCCUGGAAGGGUCGGCAGACAUGCAGGGCCACGCGCUUGGUCAAACCCCUGACCGCGAGCAAACUGUUUCUCCAUCUGCUCUAUCUGCCAGGCCAGUUGGCAUUUCUGGAUCAAGGUCACCCACAGGGACUGAGAGAAGGCCGCUGGAGCGUUCACCGCUCAGCCGAAGGAAGGUGCAAGAGAAAGGAGCCACGGCGACACACAUCCCAGCACCCACGCACACACUUCCGCUUAGCACAGCAGAGGCUAAAACUAAAGGCAGUGACCACAAAUCAAUGUUGGAGGACGCACCUGUAUUUGAAGGCCAUAGAGGUGUGAUCAACCCUGUAACGGCCCCGAAGAACAACCGUGGGGCCAAACUUCAGUGUGUCUACGUAGCAGAGGGGCACACCAAACCUGUUCUCUGCGUAGAUGCCACAGAUGAUCUGCUCUUCACAGGAUCCAAAGACCGUACAUGUAAAGUCUGGAACUUGGUGACGGGUCAGGAGAUCAUGUCUCUUGCAGAUCAUCCCAGCAGUGUGGUCUCAGUCAGGUAUACUUCUAGUCUCGUCUUUACCGUUUCCACCGCUUACAUCAAAGUGUGGGACAUACGAGACUCUGCCAAGUGUAUCCGCACACUCACGUCAUCAGGCCAGGUGGGUGCAGGGGACAUCUGUUCGUCUGUCAGGAGUUUAUCCAUCCCACCGGGAGAGAGUCAGAUCAACCAGAUCGCUCUCAACCCUUCCGGCACCUUCCUUUAUGCUGCCGCUGGCAAUGCUGUGCGCAUGUGGGACCUCCGCAAGUUUGUCUCCACAGGGAAGCUGACUGGCCAUUUGGGACCUGUCAUGUGUCUGACUGUUGACAAAUUAGCUAAUGGACAAGACGUUGUCCUCACUGGCUCCAAAGACCAUCAUAUUAAAAUGUUUGAGGUGGCAGAAGGUGCUCAGGGUAGCAUCAGCUCCAGCCAAACGUUUGAUCCCGCUCAUCAGGACGGCGUGGAGUCUCUGACCGUGCACGGAGAUGUUUUCUACAGCGGCUCCAGAGACUACUACAUCAAGAAGUGGGACUUAGGCAGUAAACAGCUGCUACAGCAGUCUGUCAGUGCCCAGGCAGACUGGGUUAGCGCUCUGGGCGUCGUGCCAGGCUCCCCGGUGCUCCUCAGCGGAUGCAGGGGAGGGCUGCUGCGCCUUUGGCACGCCGACUCGCUAGCGCCCCUCGGCGAGGUCCGUGGACACGACAGUCCCAUCAACGGCCUUGCCACCAACAGCAGCCAAAUGUUCACUGCCUCCGAUGACCGCACAGUGAAGAUUUGGGAAGCCAAAGGAUCUCUGGAGGAAGGAGUCCACUGACCUCUCCUCAGCAUCACAGAACGGAACUGAAAUUGAGGAUCGUCUACUGGCCUUUACCCAAUCAAAAUGAAUCGUUUAUGAAGCAACUACAUCAACCACGACUUGAUGAAGUGUUAAAUGGGUGGGAGCCCAAAGGAGUCCUGGCUACCUAAAGGUGUUGGGUCCCAGUUUUCAAAAGAAUCUACUGAUCCUUUACUGAUGCUGCACAGUGAUCAGUUUCAGAGAAGUCUAAUUAGAUGCGACAGCUCUCAGUCCUUCAAGCCGAGAGUAUUUAAUGAUAUUUUAGGUCAAAACAAAUCACAUUGGAGCCUCUUAAGCCUCUUGUAGCGCUCCAAGGACUACAGAAGAGCUGCGAUGAACAGCAUUUUUCAUAACUGGGACUAAUGGGUCUGGGUCAAUCGAUCCAAGAGUCUCUCUCCUGUGCUUUCAACAUUCCUCUCCCCUUCUAUUGUGAAUUUUGCCGGAGCUCUUGAGUAAAAAAACAACACACAAAACGGGUUUUGGUAAAAUGCUUUGCUUCCUCGCACUAAUUGUUGAUUGCUGAAAGAGUCCGUGUCCCAAGACAUGGAGAUCUCCUCCUGAUCACCAGCAAUAACUGUGAGUCUAUCCUGUGUGUGUGUGUGUGUGUGUGUGUGUGUGUGUGUGUGUGUGUGUGUGUGUGUGUUCUGUAAGAAAGGACCAAAUAACUACUGAAACUGCACAUGGUCUUAUUAUUCAGCUGUUACUGCCAAACCCUCUAGUGCAGUGGAAAUCAACCUUUUUGAGUCGCGACCCCUCAGAAUAAUCAGUUUGGUGUUCCAGGAUGUCCCGCUGUACAAAUUAAACACCUAAAUAUAACACAUGAAAGGUACCAAACUCACAUAGUAAUGUAGAAACCAUUCCCAGUCUGUUAUAAUUAUGUUUUUUUUUUUUUCUCUACAUCCAUUAGGCAACCCCAGGAAAUUAUCUUGUGACCCCUCCCCAGGUUGAGAAUCCCUGCUCUAGUGGAACAUGAGAGGCCUCUAAAUAAAACCUACUGCGCUCCUUUGACAGGGUCCUUACAGAUUUUCCAAUUCAAAUUUCAGUAUUCAUUCUGGCGUUUUAGUUAGUGUUAAGUCAGCGGUUAUUAAAUCCACUGCUGACCGAUAUUAUGUCUCUAUAGAACUGUGUGUAUCAUGGCUGAACAACAAUAUUCUUACGUACUCCCUUACCAAAGCAGAGAGCAGUAACUGCAGAAAGUUGGAUAAAGUUAGCUUGAAGUUUGCAUGCAGUAAACCAAUGUUUUUUUUUGUUUUUUUUUUAGCUUUCUAAAGCUAAGAGACUAGUUAGCGUUUAGCCAGAUAAGUUUAACUGGUGUUUCUUGUUUUUUUGUAGUAUGAUCAGAUUUAGCUGCUGCCUUAUUAAUGUGGUACAAUAAACUCAAUUGCUGAGAUUUAAAAGAUUUCAAAAAGCUGAUUUUAAAUGCGGGAAACACAUAGGAAAACAUGGGUAAAUUAGCUUACACCAGCUAGCUAGCGUGGAGUCAGGUUGUUUUUUGUAAGUUCUAUGGCGUAAUGAUUUUGUAGCUGGUAAAACUGAUUUCAAGAAGUCAAAUUGUGGUGUUAACUCAAUUUUGACCCAUGUAGUUUCUGCAUUUUUAGCUUUGUAGGGCAGCAUAGUUAGUCUGAGCUUUUCAAAAAAAACCUACAGUUACCCUACAGAUACAAACCCUGCUUGUAUCUGUAAAUCAGCCCAGGCAGAGUAGCUGUUACAUCCAGAUUCAAAUAAUAGUGUUUAUCCAAAAUCACAACAGCUUCAAUAUUUCAGUCCGUGAUUUGUUCAUAAAUAGCAGCUGGGCUUCUGGUUUCAGUAUUCUCUGGUUGAUGCCUUUAGACAUUUGUAGCCUUAAGUUUUUUUUUAGUUUCCUCUGUUGAAUGGUUUUACUUUCCUGACAGGACACUCCCCAUCUGGCAAGGAAACCAUUUCUCACUUCUUUUUUCUUUAUUUUUUUUUAAUUUAGAUUCUUCAAAUGAAAAGGUUACCCACAGAGUAUUCACUUUCUCUAACCUUUAGUAGCUGCGCAACACUUUUAGAGCUGAAGUAUGACUCUGGCAGGCAACAGCAAGUGCUUUAGGAAAACCGUCGCUAGAGUCUAUAUAGAUGUUUGAAAAAAUACUUUAAUGAUAUGCUGGCUUUAAUCUGAUGGAAUCAAGCACCUUGUUAUUUCUGAAUCAUAGGAUAUGACAUGUACUUUGUGAAAGCAUCUACUACUGCUGAAAGACGUGUGUAUGUGUGUGUGUUUUUUUUUAAUCCAAAUGAUGCGAUAAGUUCUCAUUCCGUUCUCCAUGCACAGUACUGUUCACCUCUGCUGUCUUAGUGUCUGUAAACUGCACACGUGCUGCAGUUAACCAUAUCAAACAUCAUUCAAUCUUUUAAAUGUGAGGUCUACAAUGCUACUAUUUAUUUAUUGUUUCAUUGAGUUUUCAUUUUUUUCUGUUGUCUUCCUUAUCAAAUCAGAGAUUUUGAACUCCUUUCCGUCUAAUGCCUGACGAUGGAUUGCACGAAAUAUAUGGGAUGGAUUUCUGCAUAAUCAGAGGUGUAUUAUCAGUGCCUGUAAUAAAUCCUAAACUGUGGGUAGUGACUGUAGAAUCACUACAUGAUAAAGGCGGACUGUCCCUUAUUACAAAUGUCAGGAGUAUCCUUUCAAUUUAUUGAGAAACACUUGCUGCUCUGGUUUGGAUAUUGGAGGUACCUUAGCAAUACUAAAGUCAAUGGGACUAAAAUAAUUUCACUGAAAAAUCUAAUUUAUUACAACUUUAAAUCAGUUUUUCCCCAUUGUCUCAUAACACAAGGAGUUAAAUAUAGAUUUGUUACAGAAAGAGGUUUUCAGUCCCGUUGACUUGUACUUGGAUUGCUAAGUAAAAUAUCCCAAAAACAAACAAACCAUAUGAGCUGUAAAUAUUCCUAAUUCAUAAUGAAUCAAAUCAAAAAUCCUAAUUAUCCUUCUAAUUGUGGCAUCUUAUUUUGAAAUGUGACUGUGAAUCUGCCCUUGUGUAAAUAUGUGAUGUUUUUCUUCCUGCUGAUUCUCUUGUGCACAAUUUCAAGUGAUUGAAAUAUCAGGUGCAGUGUGAUUAAAAGAAAAAAAUGUUUUACAAGUG